AUGGAACCAGCCCGGAGCCUCUACAAGAACGAGGUCGAUUUUGCAGCCCUGGCUCUGCAAUCCCGCGACUUCGCCAAGCACUUGAAGCCCAAUGGCCAGCUCGACUUUAACGAUCCAGCUGCCAUACGACAGCUCACUACUACCCUCCUGGAACAAGACUUCGGUCUGAAAGUUGAGAUCCCCGAUGAUCGACUGUGUCCACCGUACAGACUCAACUACAUCCUAUGGCUCCAGGACCUAAUUGACUCCACCGCGGGAGGGCUACAUGAGGGGUAUGACAAAGGCCGGGAGGUCGUCGGCCUUGACAUGUAUGUGAAAAAGCAGUCUCUCGUCCAUCUUGCAGUCAUUGGGUAUUCUAACAGAGUGGCAGUGGAACAGGAUGCAUCGGCAUAUAUCCCCUGCUGGGUUGCGCGACUCGGGAACAGUGGAAAUGUCGAUGAGAACAAUAUCCGCACUGCCCAGCAUAACGUGGCUCUAAAUAACCUCGACUCACGGAUUCAACUCGUGAAGUCCGCUCCAGCCGGACCGCUCUUCCCGUUGGAUCAGAUAGGUCAAGAAACUCUGGAUUUUACUAUGUGCAACCCGCCUUUCUAUACCUCGCGCGAUGAGCUGGUCAGGUCCGCGGAGGAGAAAAAGCGCGUUCCCUUCUCGGCCUGCACCGGGGCCGAAGUCGAGAUGGUCACGGAUGGUGGAGAAGUUGCCUUUGUGAAAAGAAUGGUCGACGAGAGCCUCCAGUCACGUACCCGGAUUCAAUGGUACACAUCCAUGUUCGGGAAACUGAGCAGUGUCUCUGUGAUUCUAGAAAAGCUGAUCAAGCACGACAACCACAAUUUUGCCGUCACCGAGUUCGACCAAGGUGGCAAGACGAAACGCUGGGCCGUGGCGUGGUCGUGGGGAGACCGGAGGCCUGCCAUGAGCGUGGCGAGAGGAAACCCCGGCUGUCCGAAACAUCUUCUUCCUUUCCCUUCAGAGUACUCGUUCACCCUGCCACCGGGCACGUCUAUCGACACAGCCACUGCAAUGAUCAAAUCAGAGCUCGGCUCUUUGUCUUGGUUCUGGGCUUGGGAUCAAGCUCAUUCUUCCGGAACGGGCUUCGCUGCGGAGAAUGUGUGGUCCAGACAUGCACGUCGGAAGAUGAAAGCUAUCGGACAGGAAGGUAUGGCUGUCUUGGAGAUUCCGACAGAUGUGGCGAUGGGGGUACGUGUGCAAGUACGACUGGUUCGGGGAGAGAAGGCAGAGGAUAAGGUGGUCAAGGUUUUAGUCCGCUGGAUCCAGGGGAUAGACACUGUCCUUUUCGAAAGCUUCUGUGGGAUGGUGAAGAGAAAGCUGGAGUCGAAGUGA